GCUUGAGUGAAGAACCAUCUCGACACCCAUCUAUAUUCGCGAAUCCCUCUCCAUGGCCCGGUCGAGCAACAGCGCGGGCCCACUCAUUCCAAGCGAAAUCCGUCCGGCCCUGUAGUGUAUUCCGUGUUCCGUAAUUUUCAUCUCAUGACGGCUCGGUGAUCCCACCGGCCCCAUUGUUUUCCCCCGACUCGACCGAGCCGCACUCGUGAAACAAUCCACGACCCUCGACUUCACGUUGCAUCACCCGAUCAUUUUUCCAGAGCCGCAUCGACGUACGUAUUAAUUUGUGGAACCAUUGCCGGCCGCAUGGAAUUGGCUGGUCGCAUCAUGAGAUGGAGCUAGCCGCCGGCGAGCCCGCACUUGGCGGUCAAUCUUCACAACCACAAGACUCACAGCCCGCUCCUCCAUCACUGGGAGGCACCGCUCCGGGUCCGCGACCGGCCAGUGACGCCGGGUCCGGCAGCGAACCGCCCGUCAACCCACGCAAGAGGAAGAAGGCAUCUAGAGCGUAUGCACCCUUUCCCCCGACCACGCCUGCUUCAUAUGCUUUGCUAUGGAACCUGCUCACUCACAUACGCGGCUCACUCGCCCCGCUCCCCCUUCCCCCGUUGCAGUUGCGACUUUUGCCACGUCAACCACCAGCCCUGCGACAACGGCAAGCCCAAGUGCAGCGUGUGCACCAAACACAACAAGCCGUGCCUGUACCUACGGCCGGCCAAGCGGCGCGGGCCGCAAAAGGGCUACCGCACCGCCCUCAACACCUACAAGGAGAGCGCCGCCGCCUGGGGCGCCGUGCUCGGCGCCAUCCCGGGCCUGGACGCCCUCGUCGAGGGCCACCUGCGCGGCGCCGCCGGCCGGGCCGUCGUGGCCUCCAUCAAGGACUCUAACCAGCAGGACGCGCUCAUCGCAAAGUGGCAGCAGAGCUCCGUGUUCCGGGCCUUCUUCGGCCACAACGGCCCGCUGCCGGGACUGCAGGAGGCCGGGGCGGCGGAUGGAACCGCCGGGGUUGCCGCCGUCGCGUCGCAGGAGGCCGACGAGGAAGAGGCGGACGCCGGUGACGAGACGCCGCCGACGACCAGGAGGGCGUCGCAGCAGCCGCCCGCAAGCCAGAGGAGCCAGUCCGUGUCGAGCUUUGCCGUCGCUCCGGAGCCCAAGUCGCAUUCGGACUUUGCCCGGGCCCCCCUCCAGCCCAACGACUCGCUGUCGGAUAUUGUGGCCAAGGAUGCCGCUCAAUCUGCUACACGGGCCUCGCAGACACUGGCCUCGCUGGGCUUCGCGCCAGACGAGACCAUCGCCGACUUUUACAGCAUGGGCUCCAACCCGGAGCCGAUUCCGGAAUCCCACGACCCGGAUUUCGACCCUUCGCUGGGGACGGAGGCAGAGCAGAAGGCCUACUACGAGCUGCUCAUGGGCCGGUCAUUUCCGGGAUGAGCGAGGUAGCCGUCUAACGAAACCGGCAACCGCUUUACUAGACCUCCCGCCCUGUGGCCUAGCUGAGUGGUGGUGCGAAGCGGUCCCAUAUAGGGUGCAUCCCCGAGUCACCGGAUCUCGGCAGCACUCUUCGCUGAAUCCAAUAUCCAUAUGAUGUGUGCUGUCAUGGUAAGAAGCACCGU